AUGACUCGUCUCCUCCACGAAUGCAUUGCCUACCAACGAGCCCUGGAUCUUGAACUGGACACCAUUCUUUCCCAACGCUCCGAUGUCGACAAACAACUGUCCAACCUCCACAAAUCCACCGAACUCCUUGAGAUCGUCAAGGCCGAUUCCGACCACAUGCUCUCCAAUGUCCGCUCCACAUGCGAUCUCGCCGAUCAGGUCCGCGGCAAAGUCCGCCAACUUGAUCUCGCUCAGUCCCGCGUCAAUGACACUCUUCUCCGCAUCGACGCCAUCGUAGAGAGAGGUAAUUGCAUUGAUGGCGUUAAGAAAGCUCUCCAAACUGAAGAUUUUGAAUCGGCUGCUAAAAACAUCCAGACCUUCCUCCAGAUCGAUGCCAAAUACAGAGAUUCUGGUUCGGAUCAGAGAGAACUGUUGCUAGCAUCGAAGAAACAGCUGAAGGAAUUGUCAGGAAGAGGUUAUCGGCUGCUGUGGAUCAGCGGGACCACCCGGCGAUCCUUCGGUUCAUUAGAUUAUACUCUCCUCUCGCAAUUGGUGGAAUCGAUGGAGCAACAGCAAUCCUCUGCCGCUGCUACUAAUCAAAAUCAGUUCAAAGACAUUGUGUUAGCCAUAGAAGAAAAUAAUGAGAUUUUAAGGAGUAAUCUAUGCGGUGAAGAUGGAAUUGUGUAUGCCAUAUGUGAGCUCCAAAAUGAGUGUGAUUCUCGGGGUUCCUUAAUUUUAAAGAAAUACAUGGAAUAUCGGAAAUUGGCUAAGUUGACAUCCGAAAUUAAUACUUACAAGAGUAACUUACUUUCUGUUGGAGUCCAAGGACCUGACCCAAGGGAGAUCGAAUUGUAUUUGGAAGAGAUUUUGCAAUUGACACAGUUGGGUGAGGACUACACUGAUUAUAUGGUGUCCAAGAUAAGAGGUUUGAGUUCAGUUGAUCCGGAAUUGCUUCCCCGAGCAACCAGGGCUUUUAGGAGCGGAAAUUUCAGUAAAGUUGUUCAGGAAAUUACGGGUUAUUAUGUGAUUUUGGAGGGGUUCUUCAUGGUGGAAAAUGUGAGGAAGGCUAUUAGCAUUGAUGAGCAUGUACUUGACAGCCUCACAACGUCCAUGGUGGACGACGUGUUCUAUGUUCUGCAGAGUUGCUGCAGGAGGUCGAUAUCCACGUCUAAUAUUAACUCAGUGAUUGAGGUACUGAGCAGUGCUGUGAGUUUGUUGGGUGGCGAGUAUAAUGAAGCGUUGCAGCAGAAAAUGAGGGAGCCUAACCUUGGAGCGAAGCUGUUCAUGGGUGGUGCUGGCGUGCAAAAGACUGGGACAGAAAUUGCAACAGCUUUAAAUAACAUGGAUGUCAGUUGCGAUUAUGCACUGAAACUACGGCAUGAGAUUGAAGAUCAAUGUUCAGAGGAGAGGGAAAAUAGGGCAUGGGUUGAGGUUCUCAAACCCAAAGAUGCUAAGACUUUUAAGGGUCAUGAAGUUCUAUUAAAAGAAGAAGAAAGAUGGAGAUGUGUUCUGGUAUGUGUUAGGGACUAUAUAUGUGUCUUGGAAGAUAAUACAAACUUCUUUGUUAAGGUUCUGAAAAUGAUUAUAAGGUUACGAGCUUUUCAAGCGGAUAAAGCUAUCUUCUUUUGUGAAGAUAGCUUGUAG